CCAUAUCCGCCCCCUCAAUUGUAGUACACACACUUCAAGAUGGUAUUACAAGACGUUGAAAACAGUACUCCUGACAGUUUUAAUGACAACCCAUACCCCUCCGAGAACGAUCAAUAUGGCUCUCCUUCCUCAUCCUCCCCCGGUGUCCGCUUCGAUCCGAGCGCUUUACCACAACCACUCCCAAUUGUAGGCUACUUCAUGGGCUUCUCCGAUAGUGCGGUACGCUUCAAGACCGAAACAACGCUCAAGUUUGCCGAACACAAGCUCGGGCGUACUCUAUACCCAGACGAAUCGCAAGCCCUCGCCUACCACAUCUACCAGCUCGAGCAAACGAAGAGCUAUUUUGCGGCAACGGGGGCUGCGGCUGGAACGUGGAGAUGGUAUACUACGUGGGAUAGAAUGCGGUAUCCGUUUUACCAGCCCAAAAUCGAGGACAUCAACCCGAAUAAAUUCGCCUUCGUUCGAGGCCCGAUGGCGCAGUUCGCAAGGCACACUUGGCGAUUCUCGCUAUACGUCUUGGUCGCGGGACAAAUGGGUAAUAUAAUUGGUCAACUUAUUGCACAACCGCUUGCUGCGGUGAAUACAUCCAAGGACCCGAAGCUGGAGCAGUUUGGCAACGAGCUUAAGGCUGCGGCGCAUGCGGAUGACCAAAGGAACGCACAACAAGGACAGGAAAUUCAAAACAGGAGGAGAGACUUCCAGGAGCAAGUGAGGAACCGCGAGGGCGGAGGUCCGUCGCCGCAGGCUAGGUGGGGCAAGCAGGCACCGAAGCAGAGCGAGGACUCAGGUGAUGAUAUGAGUCCGACUGCUGGGAACGAGCUCUGGGGAGCUAAGAGUGCUUCUACAGAGUCGUGGGAGAGUUUUUCAAAUAGUACUUCACAGCCGACACCAGAGCGACAACCCGGUCCAUCACCACCACAAAGACAGUCUACUCAAUCACAGUCUCAGUCUUUGCCCUUCGAUGACGACGCCUCUCCCACUGGCGGCCUCUUUCAAGACGAGGUGAACAAUACACAGUCUCAAGCCCAACCACAAAACAGGCCUGGUGAGUCAACUUGGGACCGUCUUCGCCGCGGCGGUGCUCCAGCCCCACUUCAGCGACCGCAGCAACUAUCACGGCGAGCGGAACCUGAGCGUAAGGAGCAAAAUGAUGGAUCUACAUUAGGCGAUUCGUACACCUUCGUCGAGGGCGACGAAGAAAAGAAAAGGGAGAGGGAGCGCGCACAGCAAGAGUUUGAUGCAAGACUUGAGCGGGAAAGACAGGGCAGGGAUUUUAGUGGUGAUGAAGGGAAGCAAUGGUGAUUUCAACUGGGCGACUCAUGGCGUGCUGAAUCUUUUGUACAUACAGCUAUCUUGUGAGUAGCUUCAACUCUACCUCUAUUCUUUUUUGUGACCCAUGGGUAAGAGACAAAUGGAGCGAAUUGUUGCCUCGC